AUAUUCUUCAUCAUCUUUGUCCUAUUCGUCAUCUUCCAUUAAUAAAUCUUAGUGAUGUUGAUAAUAUUUUCUCUCUCCUUCUCUUCCAUAUUAACCUUACUUUUUCUUUUUUUGCUUAUAAGCUUUGAAUCGUGUAUGUGAUUCAUAAGAUUUGAUGGCUAAGGUUGAGAUGAGAAAGAUGAUUGAACAAAGAUGAGAAACAAAGACAAACUCUUCCAAUUAAUGAGAGAAUCCAUUCCUCCUUCUCUCUCUCAUUAUGGAUUAUCUAUAAAAGAUUCUGAGGAUAAGAUAUAACAAAAGGAUGGAUAUUGAAUGUGACACAAAGAUCAGAAUCCAUUCGUACGACACAGUCUAUGGGGAAUUCAAUUCGUAUCCAACUUAUCCAUUGUUUUCCUUUUGGGAGUAAACUAAUUGUGUAUCGUUAAUGUUGUUUAUCUUGCUUAUUAGUCGAUAAUCAAUUUCCUCUACCAGUUAAAUUGCUACAGUUAAUUUGCUGAUUGUCAUCCAACUACCACAGUAAUCAAGAUCCAAAUCUAAUAACAAAAUUAUAAAUGAGUUAUGAAUUAUAUAUAUAUAACUUGAUUAUGGUUCACAAUUAGCUGAUUUAACACUGAUUAAUUCAUUGAACUAUUAUCAGUGUUAUUAGUUAGAUCUUUUUGUUCCUGAUUAUCUUUUUGAAUCCAGAAUCGGAUGUUGGUAACUAAUCAACUAAUCAACUGACCAACUUAAUCAAGUCCAGUUAAAUUGAACAUCUCCAAAUGGUACCAAAGUUGUCACAUUGACAUCAACAAUAAGAUUGCAUCAUCAGUUAUGGCAAAAAAAAAUGGCAGGGGUCAGUUCUUAAAAUGAUGCCAAAGGGUAGGGGAAAAAUGAUGCACCGGACAGCAAAAUGAGAUGAUGGAAGAGACAAAAAAAACUCGGAGACAAAAAAAGACUACAGAUGAUACAAGGAAGAGAGAUGAUGAGGAUGAUGGUAGUGGUGGUGGUGGUGGAAAUGUAUAUCAUUGGUAAACUGUUUCCAUCAAUCAAAAUGGUUAAAAAAAAAGAUACUUCUUCAUGUUUGACAUGAAUCAAUUGGAAAAAUCUGGUAUCGCCCGAAACUGGUUCGUCCGGUCAGUUGGAAGAGGAUAAAUUGAUGACGAUAAUUCCAAAAGAAAAAAGGAAGAGGCUUGAGCCUUAUCAUCCUCCACCUUUUUUACUUGUUCAUUAUCAUCAUCUUCAUAAUUACACCAUCUAAGCUGUAAAUGAAAAGAGGAAGAAUCAAAACAAGAAUUACAGAAGAAGAGAGUUUAUAAUAACAAAAGUAAGAGGAAGAUGAAGAUGAGGAGGAGAGUAAGAUGAUGAUGGGACUUCUCAGCCCUUCUUCAUUCAAGUGUGGCCAUAGCGGGUCUUCAUCUUCACCUUGAUCAUCAUCAACAAGACGGCAAAGUCAUUGAACCCAUUGCCAAGGAAAGUUUCAGUUCCUCAAACCUGAAAACAACAAGUUUCAUCAUCAUAAAGUUUAUGUUUUCUUUGAGGAGUUAACAUCAUCAUCUAUCAACAGCCAAUCGUCAAGUGAAAGUCAACUAAUUGUGAUUAAUUGGAUUGAUUUUGUUAUUCUGUUCAUUUGAAUGGUGAUUACCACCGUUAGUGUUUAAUUGCUGUUUAAAUCUGUGCUCUCAUUGUCAUCGCUAUCAACCCAAUCUCUAAUUCAUUUCUCUCUCUCUUACACCAUAUGAUCAAUAUGAUUAAUUUUAUAAUAUUUCUCAUCUAUUUAUCAACUUUAACAUUAAUUUAUUCAGAGGAAGUUGUUAAACCUUUGGUUCCUAAUCCAAAUUCAAUCUCUUAUCAUGUUGAAUUUGAACUUUUAUCUUAUGAAAAUCCUGAAGGUCGAUUAGCAUCAGGUGAAUGUUGUUCCGGUUAUAAAUCGACCCUUGGUCAUGGUAUUUGUCGAGGUGGUUCAGCUUCAUGUAAUCCUUACUUUAAGAUUUGCAUGUCUCAUCAACAAGAUCCUCAACGAACCCUUCCCAUUGAAUUUUCCAUGCCGGUUGAGAGACGCAGCGGUGGAUUGAGCUUCGGUGGUUUAAGUGCAUUUCGAGCUGAACCUAAGCCGGUGAUCAAAAGGCCACCACCAACCAAACCACCACAGACCCGACAGUCACUGUUUAAGGGAAUAUUUAAUCGUAUUGUUGGAUCAUUUAGUAGACUGUCAUCAUCUCCAACUUCAAACAAUACAACAUCUUUAAAUCGCACAGGAAUUAAUAAGGCCACUCUACCUGGGGCAACAUCGAAUUCUCAAUGUACAAUAGCUUAUUGGUCAACUGAAAAUGACCCUAACAAAAAGAAAGGUGUAAUUAAAUUACGAGCUGCAAUUCCAAUUGUAAAUAUGGUCAGAGGAUUUCAAGCUGACGUUAAAUCAAAGCAACAAUCACCAUCAACACAAUCAUUAUCAUCAAAUCGUUCAUCAAAUUCAUCAACCAGUGAACCUAAUCCAUUAUCUCAAAAGGUUAUCUUAUUGGUUGAAAUUUGGCAUAAAUCAAACGGUGGAUAUGAUAAGUUAAUUACUCGACACUUGGACAUGAGAAAUACAACCUUACAAUUAUUACCACUGGAAGAUGAUACAAUUUGGGAAAAUGGUGGACCCAAUUAUGGUUCUGCAAAUACAACUUCCGGAAUUAAGUUCCGAUACCGUUGGAGGAUAACUGGAAGUUUAAAAUAUUCAGCCUCAAGUGAUUCUAAUGAAGUUAACAAUAAUAUAAUAGCCGAUUGCCCACCAGGAUUCCGUGGCGAUGAUUGUUCCAGUCCAGUAUGUAGAACGGGCUGUCACUCAUCUCAUGGUUAUUGUAAUGAGCCCAACGAAUGUAAAUGUAAAUUUGGUUGGACUGGUGAAUUCUGUUCAUUAUGUGUUCCAAUGCCAGGGUGUAUUCAUGGUUCUUGCUCCAAACCUUUUGAGUGUCGAUGUGAAGAAGGCUGGUCUGGAAUGUUUUGUGAUAAACCGAGUUGUAAGCUUGGCUGUCAUCCUCAAAACGGUUACUGUGAACAUCCAGGUGAAUGUAGAUGUCGAUUUGGUUAUAAAGGUGAUAAUUGUACCGAGUGUGCAACUAUGCCUGGUUGUCAAAAUGGUGAUUGUGAGAAUCCUCUUGAUUGUAAUUGUUUCAAAGGUUGGACUGGACUAUUUUGCAACAUUCCCGUUUGCUCUGAAGGUUGUGACCUAGAACAUGGUUGGUGUCGUCGUCCAAACGAAUGCCGCUGUCGUGUCGGCUGGAGUGGAUCAAACUGUUCGGAGUGUGUCCCAUACCCUGGCUGUAAGAUGGGCAAUUGUACCCAGCCCUGGACUUGUGAUUGUCAACCAGGUUGGGGUGGAAUUGAUUGUACCGAGAAAUUAGAUUAUUGUGAAUUGAAUCCAAAUCCAUGUUUAAAUGGAGGAACUUGUAUUUCGGUUGAAAAAAAUGAUGGCGCUUUUAUCUGUCGAUGUAAUCUUGGAUUCGAAGGCAAAAGAUGCGAUAAAACCAAAUGAUUAACUAAUCAAAUGCCAGGAAUCAUCAAUCAGCAUACACAAAAGUCAUUUCCAGCGAUUUAUAUAAUGUUAUCAUUUCUGUCUUAAUCACAAUGCCAACAUCAACAAUACUCAUCUCAGGCUUAAAUUUAUGAUGGUAUUGGUAAGAUAAUCAUCUCCCUCGGCAUCAUAUCCAAUCCCAUAUCAUCAUCAUUUAUCAUCCUUGGGAUGAAGAUUAACUUUUAAUACUUUGUAAUAAUUUUCUUCCUACUUAGGAUAAUAUUUUCAUCCAUGUAACAAUUAUUUAUUUAUUUAUUUAUUUUCUCAGCUGAUUUACUGCAACAAUUAACUUAUUAUCAAGCUUCCAGUAUAUUUAUACUUUAUUGUGAACAAUAAUUAAAUGUUACAGUUAAUGUAGGUAAACCCACCGAUGAAACAACAACGACACUUUUAAUUUAACUGUAAAUAAAAUUAAAUCAACGUUAUAAUUGGUUGUAAUCAUCGUUUUGUUUACCAAAACAAUCAAAGUUGAUUAUUUAAAUUUUUGCAUCACUUGA